GCCCUGGUUCGAUUUCUCAACACCCGCCUCCAGCAUGCUGAUGAGGACAUUGAUGCUCUGCUGGGGAACGAUUCCGAGGCACAGCGAGUUGUGCAGGCCCGCCGCCGGGAUCUCGAGGAUGUCGACCUGCGACAGGCGCGCGAAGAGGCAUUGCACGCCGUGAGUUACCACGAUCACAUGGACACAUUGCAGAAGGAAUUGGAUGUAUUGCGGCGUCAACUGGCUGAUACCCACAUCCAAGCCGACCAGCACCGUCGCGAGGUUCAGGCGCUGCGUCGGGAACUUGCUCGAUCAACGCCGGUGUCCAAUGCCACCGAUGCUGACUUGGAUGCUCAGGAGGCUCAGAACGAUCAGGCCGCUCAUGCACUCAGCCUCGAACUUGAGCUUGCUGAGGUCCGAGAACGCGAAGCCCUCAUUCGACAGGAGCUUGACGAGCUUCACGCGUAUCUUGAGCAAGUCACCAAUCAAGAACAGCAACACCUCAAUCGCCAACUACGCGAAGCCCGCGAGCUGAAUCGCAUUCUUGAAGAUCAACUCGAUGAGGCGCGAGCCCGCUUAUCUGAAGCGCGAGCCACUGCACAUGAACCUUGCGACCAAGAGGGGGGCUUGGACCUGGCUGCUGAACUCGCCAACGCUGACGAUAGCGAGGCCAACCGCCUUAGUCAAGUUGAAGAGCGCCGCGUCCUUUCGGAACUCGCCGAGCUUCGCGUCGCAAAGGCCAUCCUCACCGAGGAACUGGCCGAGGUCAAGGUGAACUUUGGUGAAGCCCAACUCCGCCAGCAACGCUUUAUCAUCCACUGCCACCGACGAGAAGCCUUGCUGCUGCGUGCUGCCCAGCCCGAUUGCAAUCGCAAAACUCGGCAGCAGGUCGUGCAAUGGAUCGAGGCAACUCCCCUCGAAGCCAACGUGAUGCAGUGA